UUCUCAGUCGGAAAUCAACACAAACAGCGAUGAGUUCCCCGGUCAGCGAGUCCAAGCUCAAGGAGUACUACGAUGUGGCCCUGAAACUGGUCCUCAACUGCGGACCUCUAAUGCAGGAGGGCUACCAGAAGCCAAAGACGGACUACAAGGUCAAGGCGGACUUCUACGACCUGGUCACCGUGUAUGACAAGCAGAUCGAGGACAUGCUCACCGAGGGACUGGUGGCCGCCUUUCCCGACUCCCUAAUCAUUGGCGAGGAGGAGUCCGCCAUAUCGCACCGCCAGGCCGAGCUGACGGAUGCGCCCACCUGGAUCAUAGAUCCCAUCGACGGCACCACCAACUUCAUCCACCGCAUCCCACACUGCUGCAUUUCCGUGGGCCUGGCCAUCAACAAGGAGCUGGUGGUGGGCAUCAUCUACAAUCCGCCGGCGAACGAACUGUUCUCCGCCUACAAGGGACAUGGCGCAUACUUGAACGGCCAGCCCAUCCACACGUCCAAAGUGACGACGAUAAACCAAGCGGUAAUUGCCUACGAAAUCUCCCUGAUUCACGCCGCUGGAGUGAGGGACAAGAAUGUGAAGCGUCUGUACAAGAUGGCCUCGAACGCCACGGGAACCCGCUGUUUUGGAAGUGCCGCAUUAACCCUUUGCUAUGUGGCCACCGGGCAGUGCGAUGCCUAUCAUGUGGAGGAUCUGAAACCCUGGGACAUAGCUGCCGGAGCCAUUAUCCUGACAGAAGCCGGUGGCACUAUUUGCCACACCAGCGGUUCCAAAUUCGAUGUGAUGAAACCGGAUUGCGUGUGCGCCUCCACGCCGGAGUUGGCCAAGAAUGUGAUUAGCCUUAUCGAAGAGGCCAGCCAGAUGACCGAGUACACUUUCAAGUAAAGAUUAUUAUAAUUAUCUCA